AUGGGUGCCGCAACAGACAGCGGAUCAGCCGUCUACGUGACGGUAUCGGCUCUUGACGCCGGCCAUCUCACACUUCCUGAACGCCUGUUCGUUACAGACGCCGACCCGGAGAAGCGCAGCACAGUCCCUUCUCUGUCAUUUCUCAUUCAGCACCCAUCGCCAUCUCCAUCCCGCACCAGUAGCAAGACAACCAAUAUUGUCUUCGACUUGGGUGUCAAGCGAGAUCUGACAGGCUAUCCACCUGCUCAACAAGCACACAUCGCGCAGAGACAGCCGACGAUCACCGAUCCAGAUUGCGCUGCGAGUCUACGUUACGGAAACUCUCAAGAGAAGAGAGCCGAGGUUCUUCUCGACCCUGGGAAAGACAUUGAUACCGUCAUAUUGAGCCAUGUCCACUGGGAUCACGUCGGGACGCCAUCCGACUUCUCCAACGCCACAUUCGCGGUAGGGUCCGGCACAUUGGAUCUGCUGAAGCACGGUGCCGGUCCUCUGUAUCCCGCAGAGAUCUUCAACGAUGACGAGCUGCCCAAAUCUCGUACCGUCGAGUUCCCACCUGUCUCCAGGACCGGCAGUGGCCAAUAUGAUACUGCCGAACACACUCCCAAACACACACCGACUCCUUCCAACUCCCAAGUCAAAUUACCUCCGUCGGCCGCAAAAUGGUCUUGGGAGCCACUCGCCGCGUUCCCUCACGCAUUGGAUUUCUUCGGGGAUGGCAGUCUCUAUGUAAUUGAUAGCCCUGGCCACUUAUACGGCCAUGUAAAUCUGCUGGCUCGUGUCGGCGACCGCAAGUAUGUCUAUUUGGGUGGUGACUGCUGCCACGACCCGAGGAUUUUGAGCGGAGAGAAGGACAUUGCUCUUUACGAUGACGGCAGGGGCGGAAAGAGAAGCGUUCACGUCGAUACGGGGGUGGCAAGGAAAACGUUGGAUCAGAUCACUGAGUUCGUCAAGGAGAGAAGAGAAGGAGGUGUGCUAGAAGUCGAGACAGUAGUGGCACAUGAUGGCGUGUGGAGGGCGCAAAACAGACACCGCUUCUGGCCAGGAAACUUGUAG